CCAUUUAUUGAAUAAUUAAUCAAAUCUGUUCAAAAUUUUACGCUGUAAGUUGGAAACUCACCCCUCAGAAAACUAGCCAUGUUUAGCUUCACAUCUACUUUAUGUUUGCAAGCACUUAAAAAUAAAGAUUAUAUUAAGAUAAAUGACCUCGCAGAAAGCUUUCACAUGGCGCGUCGCCGAGCUCAAGCAUUAGGACAAGUGCGUUACGGUCUACCAACUAACUUCUCAUCACUCCAGAAAAGCCGAUCAUUUUAACUGAUGUAAACAUAUGGCCUGUUCCUCGAGUGGGCGUUCUUUUGGGGGGCCUUUGCAAUUUUCUUUGACCCAGAAUUAAAAGUCUCAGAAGGUCAUUUUAUCUUGUUAUGGUACGCAUGUGAACAUCAAAGGGAACCGACAGCUAAUCUGGUAUAAUUUAGAGCACAAACCGUACCCUGCUCUAAGUCACGAUUCAGGAAGCAUUUGUCACUUUUCAUUUGCCAAACUAAUCACGCGUAGCAGAGCGAGUUGUUCAUCACCCGCGCUGUCGUUUUACUUCACGUGAAAAUCGCCGCAUCCUGACAUUGUCUACCUUCCCGGACAUGGUUUGGUAGAAACGGGGUGCGCAAGUAGUUCGGUUAAGCAUUUGACGGCUCUCUCACGCCCACUGCAUGGCAAACAAAGAGAGCAAACAUACAAAAGGAUCAGUGAAAAUUGUGACAAGGCUCCGCCUGCCUGUUUAUAUACCAUAGAUUAUUGGGUGUUGGAUAGCAUUAUUAUACGAUUUGCUUUCUUAAUCUUCCAAUCGCCAACAAGGUGAAGUGUACACAAGUACUAUAAAGCAUCGGGGGGCCUCAAUUGAUUUGCAAAUAAUUGGAAACUUUAAUACGACAGAAAAUAAUUAAAAUCUGUCUGGCUUGCCACUCAAGCCCUUGUCAAUUCCCAGAAGCAUCUUUUGAAAAGUGAUCGGUGCGACCUGAUGAAUCACAAAGCUUCGCCGCUGCACGAAAUUUAAACCGUAUUUGAAGUGCGUUCGUGAAGUAGAUUUCCCUCAGGCGAUAAUUGGCGCAAAAUCGAACACUUUGGCCGCUGUGGAGUGGAGUGAGUCUGCGGAAAGAACAGCCUACCGUGACUGACUAACGUUUUGUGCCACCGACUGGUAGAGCCCGGGGUUAUAAAACAUUUAGCACCGACCGUGAAUUAAGCUCAAUUAUGACGUCCCAGUUGGGCCCUAUAGGUACGAACAGUACAACGCAAGCAGCGCCUAGACAAGCAGGUAGUAAGAGAAAACGCUCGCAAACUCGUGACCUGUCGCCACCAUUGACUCCUCUAUCUCCUUCCUCAUCUCAUUCAAAGAGAACAGAGAACUCUACAUCCGCCUUUGAACUGAUCGAUUCCGAGGAUCGAGUCCUUGGACUCCAUGGUGUAAGCACAGUUAGUGGAACAGGAGUUGUUUCUUCGCCAUCUGCCAAUGUGACUAGUGCUGGUUUAGGGUCUUCGUGUGCUCCUCGUCUUUCACACACUCCACCUCACGACUUUGUUCUCUCCUCGCCGAUGCAGCCACAAACGCACCAAUAUUAUGCCCCGCAAUACAACCCUUUGCAUUAUCAACAACAACAGCAGCCAAGGUUCGACUUCACACACCCUCUCGAACCUUUUCAAGCAGCUCAUUCAUCACAAUUCGGUAAUGGUCCCGCAGGAUUUCACCCGGUAUCAGCAGGAGGAGCGCAUCAACCCAUGGCUGGUCCAACACAUCCUCAACCUUCACAGCAUCAAGGAAGGCAUUCUCUCCGAGCCCGCUCUGAGGUGGAAGCUUUACAACAAGUGCACAUGAACCAAUUUGCUGGAGCGGCCAUGGAACACGCGAGAAGGAGUAGAGAAGAACUUUACUCAGUUAGGCGGCCUGAUGUCUUUGACAUAAUAGGGCCGGGUAACAUUCAAGAAUCUCAGAACCAUCGAUCCUCGGCUCUGAGCAGUAAGAACGGUGAGCUUCCACAUGGACAUCACAAUUCUCGAGAAAGUCACAGCAACAAAGCAAAGCAGAUUGAGCGUGAUUCCCGCGAGGAGGCAGAUUCCGACAGUCCUGUCCAUCCUUCCGAUGUGUUCUGCUGUGUUCCAGGCCGAUUGUCCCUUCUAAGUUCAACCUCAAAAUACAAGGUCACUGUAGGAGAGAUACGUCGGAGACUUUCUCAUCCCGAGUGUUUGAAUGCUUCGCUGUUGGGUGGAGUGCUUAGGAGGGCGAAGUCUAAGAAUGGUGGUAAAAGUUUGCGUGACAAAUUAGAAAAGAUCGGUCUGUCACUUCCGGCGGGAAGAAGAAAAGCAGCUCAAGUCACGCUACUUACGUCACUUGUAGAAGGUGAAGCGGCCCAUUUAGCUGCUGAUUUUGAUUACGUGUGUGAAUCAGAGUUUCCUGCAGCACAGCUGGCCGAACGACAGUACAGACAACAUUCUGAACCAUCAGAACAGCAAGCAAGAAAAAACGCAAUUCUUGCAGCAAAACAAUUGACAAAGGAACUACAAGAUGUUCUUGCACAGGACCCCUAUCCUAAGACCAGGUUACCCAAUAGUAACCUGCCGGACUCCAUUUUACGUAGCCUUAACCAGUUUGGUUUAGUGACCCAUGGUUUUGGUUCACCGGCGAUAAAUGCGGCCAUGAAUGCAUUUCAAGCUUACCUAGGAGAACUGCUUAAAUUCCACGAAGGAAACGGAGUCAGUACCGGAAGUAGAAAUCAAAAUAUUGUCAAAAACGGCGAGCCCUGAGUCAAUAGAUAAAUGUUAUUCACUGUAUAUUUAGAAGAAAAAAAAAUAGAGUUUGUAUCCAUCUCUUAGUUUAGAUAGUAUUAUUACAGAUGGGCUUAUUAAGCUUCCGUCCCCGGACCAUAAACGUGUAUAGAAUAUAUUAUAAUCACAGAACAGAGCCAAGAAUUACGCUACUUUCUUGACAGUGAUAUCUGACAAAAUGACAAGGAGGGGGGGAGAUUGUACACAUGAUUAUGAGUUGGUAUCACAAUAUCAUUGCUGUUGUGUAUGAAAUAUAUUUAAGCCUCAGCAAAGACUGAAAUACAGACGCUAAAUAUUAUGGUUUAUUGUGGCUGUUAGUCGCUGUUAAUUUCAUGUUGCAACCAGCGCGAUGUGGACUAGGCCAUUCUUCAAACUUAAGAGAAAAAAAACUUGACAGGAAAGAGCAUAAUCAACGCAAAACUUCUAAAAACUUUCAAGCUAUUGCAACUAAAAAUUGUCAGAGAAGGGACAAUCUGAAAAAAGUUUGUACGACUGGAAGUUUGACAGAUGUCACCAGUCUUACAGAGAUGUUAUUUCAUCAACUUUGAAAUUCUCCUCUGAAACAAAAAAUUCAACGAAAAAAACAUUGUAAGAUAAAUAAAUAAAGGAUGCCUAUUUAGGUGCUGGUAUAAAAUUUUUGUGUAUUUUAAUAAUUAGUGGCUUUAAUUUCAAGACGUCGAGGUCUGUACUUUCAACAGUUGAUUAUAUUAAAUACACAUGUCGUCGAGAA